GGAAAAAGUACCAGUGAGUGAGGUCAGCAGCAGCAUAGCAUGAGUCAACCUUGGGGAUGUAUGCAGUCAUCAUCGCAGGUCUGUAUUGUACGGGCCUGCCGCUGCUGCUGCUGCUGCCGCCGCCACUGGCCGCACAGAACUGCGAGUGUGCGAUCCUGCGGGCUGAGCUGCCGUUAGUAGCAGCUUUCAUGACAAAACACAGGUGUUGCCCAUGAAUGAGAAAACCACGCAGACUUCUUCAGAUCUGCUAAUCCCAGGCCGGGGACCUCUGACUUGGUCACAAAGAACUGCAAAGGGAAAGAGAAGAUUUUUUUGUUUGAACUGUCUACUCCUCACAUUGAUGUUAAUGUAGUUUUGCAGAUUUAUAUUACUGUGGCUACCUAAUAGAAGGGUAUACUCAAGCAUAUUUUUUUUUGAUUGAUAUAUUCAAGUGACUCCAGGGGAGAAUUAAUAGUUGGUUUUAUUGAAGAUAUUCUUCUGGUUCGGCUUAUUCAUGCCCGUCAUGAGUGUACCUGCCCAGCAGAAACCCAGCACUAAAAGAACAGGCAAACGCAUCACGUUUUUCAACGAACAAAGCGUAGCAAUGAAGGAGACCUCUCAGCACCCUGAAGGAUCCUAUUAUGUUCCAGGUGGUACUGCUUCAGACCCCGGACAGAGCGAGGCUGCAAGUACUGUGACCUCUAAUCCAGAGGGUCCUCACAUGUACCUCAACUCUGUCAUCUUCAGUCCAGAUAAGGGUGACCAGAACAGAGGUCAUUAUCAGCAGACAGUGCCUAUGAAGUGGGCCCAUCAAGAGCCCAGUCAGCAGCAGCCAUCACUGUCCCAGCAGCAGAGAGCUGCUUCCUGGACCACCAUGACGAACUGGGGACAAAACUUUGCUAAUUACAUCGGUGGAGUUAACGUUACAGAUUCAAGGACCCAGACUGCAUUUGUGAAGUCAAUGCACGAAACCUCUGGCUUACAGCCACAUCAACAGCCCCCUAACAGAGCUGCAGACAAGCAGCCAAUGGGGCCCAACCCUACAGUGGAAGCCUACAGGGAUGCUGUUAAGGCUCGGGGCCUAGACUGGGAGCAGCAACAGCAGCAGCAGUCCCAGGCCUUUCAAGAGACCUUGAAACCUGGGGCACUGAACCCCCAGCAGCACAGCACAUCCCAUCCUGGAGGAAGCUCCGUGCUUCAGCCCUUUCAGUUGGCCUUCGGUCAGCCCAAGCAGCACCUGCCAGCCUACUAUCAGACCUUCCAAGGCAACAGGACAACCCUGCCUAACCCACCUAACUACUCAACACAGGCCAAACCCCCACACCAGUUACAGCAGCUGCAGAAGCAAGAGCAAAUACAACGCCAGCAACAACAACAGCAGCAGCAUCACAUAAUCCAGCAGCAAAUUCAACAGCAGCACCAUCAAAUGCAGCAACAGCAAAUCAUUCAACAUCAACAACACGUACAGCAGCAGCUACAACAGCAGCAGCAGCAGCAGCAACUACAGCACGAGCAGCAGCAACAAAAGAUACAGCAACAGCAACAACAGCAGCAGCAGCAGCAAAUACAACAACAGCAGCAGCAGCAGCAGCAACAGCUCCAAAUUCAGCAGCAAAUGCAACAUCAGCAGUUGCAACAAAAAAACCCUCAUGUGCUUGACUAUUACCCCGGUGCACAAAAUGCACACCCUCACCCUCAUCCACAACCUGUGGUGGUACACUCCCAGGAGUCCUCCGCUCCAGCUCCCCCAAAGAUCCAGGAACCGAUCAUCCAGGACAUCACCCCAGAACCCCAACAGCCUUCGGAUCCGCUGCAACCCCCUCUCCAGUCUGAGCCCUUGUCUCAAUCGCAGCCCCAGACGCAACUCCAGUCCCAACAGCAGCUUCGCAGAUCACGCCGGUUAUCCAAGGAAGGCGGUGCACCAUCCGACAACCCUUUCCUUGCCUCUUCGGAUCAAGCCGCUCCGGGACCGCAGGGCUCCCAGAACGGUGCCCGUGAUAUCCAGGCAGCCCCGACGGGUGUCAUCCAGAGCACGCGCAGGAAACGCAGGGUCUCCCAGGAGGUCAACCUGGAGACCCUUGCUCAGAAGGCCUCCGAAAUGGAGUCCCUACCAUCACAUGUUGUUAAGGAGCCCCACAGACCGUGGAGUCCCACUGAACCAGAGGGUCUGAACGCCAAGCGGCCUAGAGAUGACAGCCUCCUUCCUCUCGUCAUCCCCGUGUCUGUUCCAGUGCGGAGGCAGGAGCCCUCCUCCCCUGACAGGGAUGAAGCAGCCCUGGCCUCCAGCUGGCCCCCCAGGCCUUCAAACCCCCAGGACCUCGGCCGCACAGACCACAAGCCCUCGGUCAUCGUCACCCGGCGACGCUCACUCAGGAACUCCUUGACAGAAAGCUCAGAGCAGAACGGUGGCACAGAGGGGGAAAAAGACGACGACGGCAAGAAGUCCAAACGGCGUCCCAGGCCAGAGCCUCUCUUCAUCCCACCACCUAAACCCGGUUUAUUCAUCGCCCCUCCCGUCUACUCCAGCAUCACGCCCUACCAGAGCCACCUACGCUCCCCUGUUCGCCUCGCUGACAACCCCCUCUCCAUGCCUCCCUACACGCCUCCGCCGAUCCUCAGCCCUGUCCGUGAAGGCUCCGGCCUCUACUUCUCCACGUUCCUCUCUUCUGCGGCAGCUGCAGCCAGCAGUCAGGGCCUGCCGCCUCCUGCAACACCCAAGUCAGCCACACGCAGCCUGUUGCGCUCGAAUAGCUGCGACAUAACACCACCAGUUCUCUCUGCUAUGAGCGAGGCCACUCCGGUCAGCAUCGAGCCACGGAUAAAUAUUGGGUCGCGGUACCAGGCGGAGGUGCCAGAGCUGAGGCAGCGGUCCGCCGUAGAGCUUGAUCAGCAUCGAGCGGACCUGGUGUGGGUUCCACUGAACGAACUGGAGGAAAAACCCGACUUCCACAAGAAAGUGGAAGACCUCAUGCACCUGGCCUGCUCCAGUGUUUUGUGUGGAGGCGGCACCAACCAGGAGUUAGCCCACCAUUGUCUGUACGAGUGCAAAGGGGACAUAAUGGCUGCUCUGUCUCUCCUGAUGCUGAGGAAUCCAAUUUUCCCAAAGUCUCAUUAUCUGUCGAACUACCACUACUCAGGAUCAGACAGCUGGACAGCAGCUGAGCGACGCCAGUUCAACAAAGGCAUCUCCACAUACAAGAAGGACUUCUUCAUGGUGCAGAAACAGGUCACCACUAAGACUGUGGCGCAGUGUGUGGAGUUUUACUACACGUACAAGAAACAUGUCAAGAUCGGCCGCAACGGGACGCUAAUCUACGGGGAGGCCGAGCCUCUUGAGAGCAAGACAACUGAGGAGGAGACGGACCAUAAGGGCUCUCACAGACUGGAGCCGCAGAGGGAGGAGGACAGCAGGAAGUGGGAAGGGUCAGCUGACAGGAAACAGGAUGUCGGCCCCACCAGGGUGACACACGCGGUGCAGUCCUCUGAGAACCCCGGGACCGUCCUGAUCAUUAAAGGCCAGGAGGACUCUGGGAGGGACCAGCCUCUGUCCCGGGUCAUCCACCCGCCUCAUCCACCCCCUCCCACCUCCAAACCACACUACGAUGGCAACACACGGCGGACCAACCCCUCAGUAGGCAACAAAGGCUCGGCCGGCCAGGAGGGAGAGUUCCCCUGCAAGAAAUGUGGCAGGAUUUUCUACAAAGUGAAGAGCCGCAGCGCCCACAUGAAGAGCCACGCCGAGCAGGAGAAGAAGGCCGCGGCUCUGCGCCAGAAGGAGGCCGAGGAGCGGGCCGCGGCGAAGGCAGCCGCCGAGGCCGCCGCCAUCCUGGCCGCGAGGCAGCAGAACGGGACGCGGCAGGUGGGCGGGGACAGCACCAACGACGACUCGUCGGAAGGAGAGGACGAGGACGACGAGGACUGGCAGUAACUGCGACGCCACGCGAGCGCAGCGGUUUUUUUUUGUUUUUUUUUUCUCUACCGUGUGGCGGAAGGAGGAACGUUUUAAAGAAGAAGAAACCUUCCUGUGAACUUUCUGUAUAUUUUGUGGAACAAGAAGACUUCCCUUUGCUCGGCACAUUCAGGGACAGGUUUACUGGUGUAUGUGUUUGAGUGUGAAUGUGUGGACUGGCUGAGUGUGCGUGUGUGUGUGCGUAUGCUUUUCCAAAACACCCCUUUACUCUGCUUGAAAAGCUUUUUCAAGAGUUUACCUCUCUUGGUCACAGGGCUCGGUCAAAUCAAAGCCAUGCCGCCUCUCUCGGCGCUGUCCUGCUCUCUCCACGCCAGGCCGCGGCCUUCCUCAGCACUUUCUGAGUCUCGCCCUGCUUCGUUCGACAGGUGUGGAACUUUUUUUGGACCCUUUUUUUUUCUCCCUCUCUCUUUCUCUCUCUCUUUCUCUCUCUCUCUCUCUCUCUUUCUCACUCUCUCGAUGAGCCACAGCUUGCCCUCGCUUUUUAAAACUGCGUCCCAACCCGUCCAGCGUCGGAUGAAGUUUUGGCCACACGGACACUGAAACGUCGAAGCCGGGGAGGCGCAGCGAGGCGAAACAAACGAACUGAGGGGGUCGCGCUGUUAGUUUUCUCCUGCUCUGGAUGGCAUGUGCAAACUAUCGCCUCUGUUUUAGCCGCUCUUCUGCACUCGAGGCUGCCAAAAAGCUUUCUCAGACGCAUGACGUGCGCCAAAUAGGUUCUCUCUCCAUGAGCAUUCGGGCUUUAUAGUUCUGUGAAUCCCCCCCCCUCCACCCCCCUUUCAGCCCUCGUCACUUUUUAUAGUUUCCAGUUUGUUCCUCACUGUUGAUGCCUUGGAUGUUUUGAUGCUUUUUAUCUUGAAAUGACAAUCAAUUUUACACUGUUGUUGUUGUUGUUGUUUUUUUUUUUUAUAAAUAUAUAUAUACAGGUAAAUGUUACUCUUUCUGCCUGUGUAGCUAUAUAUGGUUAUUGUUGUUUUUGUGAAUAUUCUUGUUGAUGAUUAUUAAUAUUAUUAUUAUUAUUAUAUCCAAGUUUUGGCUGCAAUUUAAUUGAGCGCUUUUUUUCCCGUACUUGUCCAUAGCUGUUUUUUUUUUUUUUUUUUUUUUU